AUGAGCAGAGGGAUACUCAACAUCUGUACCGAACGGUGACUAUUCUGUCAUAUUCAACGCCUUUUGCUUAAAAUAAGGAAAAAGAAGACCACCGGUCAUCAUGUAUGGUUUUGUGAAUCACGCCUUGGAGCUCCUCGUUUUAAGGAAUUAUGGCCCGGAAGUGUGGGAAGACAUUAAAAGGGAGGCUCAGCUUGAUAUUGAGGGUCAGUUCCUUGUUAGAAUCAUAUAUGAAGAUGCCAAAACAUAUGAUCUUGUUGCAGCUGCAAGUAAAGUUCUCAAGAUUGAUGCAGGAGACAUAUUGCAGCUGUUUGGGAAGAUGUUUUUUGAAUUUUGCCAAGAGUCGGGAUAUGACACCAUCCUACGAGUGUUGGGUUCAAAUGUUCGUGAAUUCCUGCAGAAUUUGGAUGCACUGCAUGACCACCUGGGUACCAUUUAUCCUGGGAUGAGGGCCCCUUCAUUUCGCUGCACCGAUGCCGAGAAGGGAAACAAUCUGAUUCUUCACUAUUACUCAGAGAGAGAGGGCCUGCAAGACAUUGUGAUUGGCAUCAUUAAAACCGUCGCCCAACAAAUUCAUGGAACAGAGAUAGAGAUGAAGAUGAUCCAACCGAAAAGCGAGGAGUGCGACCACAUUAAGUUCCUGAUUGAAGAGAAGGACUCGGAGGAGGAGGCGUUUUAUGAGGAUCUGGAUGGCUUCGAGGAGAACGGCACGCAGGAGACCAGGAUCAGCCCGUACACGUUUUGCAAGGCCUUUCCAUUCCACCUCAUGUUUGACAAGGACCUGAUGCUCACACAGUGUGGGAAUGCGAUUUAUCGAGUCCUGCCACAGCUACAGCCUGGUAUCUGUAUCCUCCCUUCAGUUUUUUCUUUGGUCCGUCCUCACAUUGACUUCAGUUUUCAUGGCAUCCUUUCCCACAUCAACACCGUCUUCGUUCUGCGAAGCAAGGAGGGCCUGCUGAAUGUGGAGACUGUAGAGAAUGAGGAUGAACUGACAGGGGUGGAGAUCAGCUGUCUGAGACUGAAAGGACAGAUGAUUUACUUGCCAGAGGCGGAGAACAUCCUUUUUCUUUGCUCACCCAGUGUCAUGAACCUGGAUGAUCUUACACGAAGGGGGUUAUACCUGAGUGACAUCCCGCUACAUGAUGCCACACGUGACCUGGUGUUGCUAGGCGAGCAGUUUCGUGAGGAGUACAAACUUACCCAGGAGCUAGAAAUCUUGACAGAUCGUCUGCAGCACACACUCCGGGCCCUGGAAGAUGAGAAGAAAAAGACAGACAGAUUGCUUUAUUCCGUUCUGCCACCAUCUGUUGCCAACGAGCUGCGACACAAACGGCCCGUCCCAGCAAAACGCUAUGAUAACGUGACCAUCCUCUUCAGUGGCAUUGUGGGAUUCAACACCUUCUGUAGCAAACAUGCCUCAGCCGAGGGCGCCAUCAAGAUAGUCAACCUGCUCAAUGAUGUUUACACACGCUUUGACAUCUUGACAGACUCUCGGAAGAACCCUUACGUAUACAAGGUGGAAACAGUGGGUGACAAGUACAUGACAGUGAGUGGCCUGCCAGAGCCAUGCACGCACCAUGCCAAGUCAAUCUGCCACCUGGCUCUUGAUAUGAUGGAGAUCGCUGAACAAGUCAAAGUGGAUGAUGAGCAUGUACAGAUCACUAUUGGGAUCCAUACAGGAGAAGUGGUGACAGGGGUGAUCGGCCAGAGGAUGCCGAGGUAUUGCCUCUUUGGAAAUACAGUCAACCUUACGAGUCGUACAGAAACUACAGGUGAAAAGGGAAAGAUAAAUGUCUCAGAAUAUACUUCUCGGUGUUUGCAGUCUGCCGAGAACGCCGACCCACAGUUUCAUUUGGAAUUUCGAGGCCCCGUCACCAUGAAAGGCAAAAAAGAACCGAUGAAGGUGUGGUUUCUGUCCAGGAAGCCCACUGACGCAGUUCAAUGAAACAUCACGAGUGUCAUCUAAUAAAAGCUUCUAGGGAAUUUUUGAGGCAGGAAUGAGAUGAAUCAGACAUAAGAUAAAGUGAUAAACUGCAGGUUUUUCAAUGUGAAUCUGAACCUGUUUGUCUGCUAGCCCGUGAUGUGACAUGAUCUCAUUACAUGUUUUUAACAUACACACAACAGUGCUGUGUGUCAUGAAAACUACAGCAGUAGUAGUGGUGCAGUAUCAAGUUUGUUUUAGGCAUCAAAAUAUUUUUAGCUCCUACAUUUGUCAGACUCAUUCUGAAGCCUUCCAAAAAUACUGACACUGUAACUCCAGCUGUCAAAUAACUCCAUUCACUUUAUAUUAAUAAAAAAAGUGUAUUUUUUCACCACAUCAUUUGCACUUUUAAUACUCUCUUCCCUCUUUUAUAGUAAUAGAAAAAAAAUCUUUAGCUUAACAUUGAUAUUUGUGCCAUUACAUCACUGGCAAUAUUUGAAGGAUCCAGUUUUGUUCGUUGGAUGUGAGAGUUACAAUGUUUUAUACUGAAUAUGUUGCAAUGACAUUAAGGAUUUUGGUGUUAUAGUUGUUAUAUUGAGAUAAAUUUACAUGACCGGGUUCAUCAGCUCUUUGUUCUAACCUGACUCAUAUGAUACAGUGCAAGGAUGACACAGUGUUUGAGCCAUGAGUAAACCUGUAUUAUCAUCUAUCACUGAAUGAUCAAAGUAGUCCCGUAAAUGAAAACAUACACUAGACACUACUUGAUCUAAUAUAUAUAUUGCACCUUUAUGCUAUUCACUUUUUUGACUGCUUCUGUGAAUACUCUUUAAAACUAUAUAGUACUACUAUUUUAGUUCUACAGCAGAUUGUUAAAAUAUUCUUGAAGGUCUACUAGAUGUUUAUUGUUGGCAUCAUGUUACUUUGUAUUUAUUCAUUUAUUUUGUCAUAAGAACUCUAUAGUUUAAAAUGUAAUUAUCACAUUUAGAAAAGAACAAAUAUAGUAAACUUUGGAUGAAGCUAUUGUAUGUGCCUCCAUCAUGCAGUAUUUAUAAUUAAAGUCGAACUGUAUGCUGUGCUGGAUUAAUUCCAUGACUUUCCCCCUCCACAUUCAUUAAUAUCAAAGCUUACAUAAUGUUCUCCAACUAUCUAGCUUCCUGUGUAAGAAGCAAACAGGCGUACUGUACUUGUAUCUUCUGUGGUGGUAAGACAUUGUUUUAUUUUAGCAAUGUUUCUGUGGGGAAGUAACUAAUAAAAACAGUCUUGAGAAGUGUUAA